AUGGCAUCCUCUCAUCCAAACUACGCCUUACCUGCGCCGAGCGUCGACCAAGCAUACGUCAAGGUAUCCGCGCUCGAGGCAGGCAUUAUUCACCUCCCCCUUCAAUUUUUUGUCAAAGGGGCAUCGCCGUCCGAGGUCAGCGUGUGCCCCUCCCUGGCGUUCUAUAUUCGCCACAUACCCUCCGGAGACAGUAUGGUAUUCGACCUGGGUCUGCGGCGCGAUGUCGCUAGCUACCCGAAGGUAGUUCAAGAUCACAUCGCCAGGUUGAUGCCGGUGACGGUUCCACAAAGCGUCGAGGAGUCUCUUGCCAAAGGUGGCGUGGACCCGAAGAGUGUCCAGAGAGUUGUCCUCAGCCACCUGCAUUUCGACCACAUCGGAGAUGCAGCCCAGUUUCCCAACGCGAGGUUCACGAUCGGGGCGGGGGGCCGUGAGCUACUUCAACCUCAGGCAGCCUUCCCUCACAAUCAGUCGUCGGACAUACUUCAAUCUACUGUACCUCUCGCUCGCACUGACUUCCUCGAAGAAAGUCAGUUCAACGUGUCCAUUGGCCCAUUCACUCAUGCGUACGACUACUUCGGAGACGGGAGUCUCUACAUCAUCGACGCAGUGGGGCAUCUGAAGGGACAUAUCAACAUCCUCGCUCGUACGUCUUCCACAGGCUCGUGGAUUUACCUAGGAGGAGACACGGCACACGACGUGAGACUUCUCACCGGGGAGAAGGAAGUGGCGUUCAUGAUGGAUGCUGGCGGGAGGAUGUUGUGCGCGCAUGCGAACAAGGACGAGGCGGUGGAGCACAUACGUCGCGUUGGGUCUCUCUUGAACGUCCCGAAGGUGCAUGUCUUGCUCGCUCAUGACUGGGAGUGGUACGAGGAGAAUAAGGGCGGGGAAGCGUUCCUUCCCGGAACAAUAUCGCCCAUGUAG